UCGAACCAUAAUGCCCAGUUCACAUCACCAAAAAGAUGCCAAGAUCCAAUUUUUUAAAAACUCUGGGGAAAAAUUAGAUCAGAUCGUUACCAGAUAAAAUUCUCCAAAAGGUCCCAAACAGUUUUUAAUGCUAUAUAGACAAUACAAGAAGAAUAUAUAUCACAAUAAAUACACAAACUUCUUGGGCUCUUCUUCGGUUCUUCUGCAUAUAUUCUCGAAGAGUCAUAAAUAUAAAUGAUAAUAAAAACAGAGAGGAGUACUAAAGAAAUACUGUUCUAUUGAUUAGGGGAGCAGAUUCAGGGGAGUUUAUCUUCUUGCUUUGACAAUGUCGACGUUUCGGAGCUUUUCGAGGUUGCCUCUGUUCAUGGUAACAAAAUCUUUCCUUUCCUUUCUAAUUUCUCGUGCCUGUACUGUAUAAACCCAUAAACAACCAAGAUUUCUUCUUUUGUCUUUCUGUUUGUGUUAUUUGUAAAUUCUUGUUCUUUUAACAUUUUUUAACUGCUUCUAUUUGUGGUGUAUGCUCUUUUUUUUUUUUUCUUCUUCUGAAGUCAGACACUCGUACCCUUUGGUGUUUAAUGGCUCUCGAUGCGGUUUAUGACUGUUGCUAGAUUUUCUCCCUUUCUUCAUGGUGACAAAUUGAUUUUUUUUUUUUAAUUCCCUAUUUCAAUGGGUGCCGGCUCAAAGGAAAAUUCUUCCAAAAUCCCAUUUGGUCAAAAGUUGAUUUAGUCUCUCAUCUGUGUUCAAUUGAGAUUAAGUUGGUGAAAAGCUUUUAUCAUUCGUUGUGGGGGCGAUUAUUAUAUGGACUUUCUUCAUCUGAUUUUGAUGAUUGUCUUGUUGUUUCUCAACUUUCCCUCGAAAAGGUUGGGCAACUGAUCAUGUCUGCGCAUGAUGGAUAAGUUGACGAUAUAAUACAUAGCAGAAAACCUAAAACUCAUAUUCAAGCACAUUAGCCUCCAUCAUGGACUUUAAAGAUGAGUUUUUUAAACAGUUGUUUUGGUGGCUCUGUAAGUGGGCAGUAUAUCUACCUACUCAUUUUAAUUCCACAUGUGCUUAAAAGGCAAAUUACAAUUCUUAAUUUGGAGAAGUUGGUGUUUUUGAUUUUUUUGGUGCAUAAUAACUAUGCUUCAACUAAUUUUGUGAUGCUGCUUGCCAAAUUCUAGUUGAAAGGUAGUUGAUGCGUGCCUCUUUUUGCCAUCUAAUUUCGAAAUUGAUACUUUGGUGUAAGGGAACCACUCUUUCAGUCUUUUGUAGACCAGCAGACACUUUGACCCUGUCUUGAUUUUUCUGUAUCUAUUUUUCAGAUUCAAACUCUAUGAGACAUACCUUUCAAGUUACUUCCAGUGACCACUGUGGCCUUUUUAUUCCUAAUUUGAGGUGAAGUUCCCGCCUGUUGGAUUGUUUAGUCUGAAGAUGACUGAACAUGUGGAAGUUCCCUCUACAGAUAAUUUUACUCAUACUGCACUGACCCCGCCGAGGAUUAUUAGGGGUUUGAUAUGCUUAGUCAUAUUCAUUUCAACAGCAUUUAUGUUUCUAGUGUACUUUGUACCGGCUGUUGUAGUUCUAUUGCGUCUUUUUAGCGUGCAUUACAGUCGGAAAGCAGUUUUUUACAUUUUUGGUCUAUGGCUUGGUCUAUGGCCAUUCUUCUUUGAAAAGAUAAACAAAACGAAGGUGAUCUUUUCUGGAGAGACUGUUCCAAAAGGGGAGCGUGUUCUGCUUAUUGCAAAUCACAGAACAGAGGUUGACUGGAUGUAUCCAUGGGAUCUAGCAUUGAGAAAAGGGUGCUUGGGGUCAAUCAAAUAUGUAUUGAAGAGCAGUUUGAUGAAACUGCCAAUUUUUGGCUGGGGUUUUCACGUUUUAGAGUUCAUCCCUGUGGAGAGGAAAUGGGAUAUUGAUGAACCUGUAUUGCGUCAAAUUCUGUCAACUUUUACUGAUCGUCAGGAUCCCUUAUGGCUAACUGUUUUUCCUGAAGGCACUGAUUAUACGGAGGAGAAGUGUAAGAGGAGUCAGAAGUUUGCAGCUGAAAAUGGCUUACCUGUAUUAAAGAAUGUACUGCUUCCGAAGACAAAAGGAUUCCAUAUCUGCUUGGAAACCCUUAGAGCCUCCUUGGAUGCAGUCUAUGAUCUAACUAUUGCAUACAAGCGUCGAUGCCCUUCUUUCUUGGACAAUGCUUUCGGCACUGAACCCUCUGAAGUACAUAUUCAUGUGAGACGGAUUCCUCUUUCAAAGAUCCCAUCAUUAGAGAAGGAAGCUAACUCAUGGUUGAUGGACACAUUUCAGUUCAAAGAUAAGCUACUUUCAGAUUUUUCUGCAAAUGGCCAUUUCCCAAAUGAAGGGACAGAAGAAGAGCUUUCGACAGUGAGAUGCUUCAUUAAUUUUGCUGGAGUGAUCAUAAUCACCGGCAUAUUUACCUACCUUACAUUUUUCUCGUCCAUCUGGUUCAAAGUAUAUGUAGCUUUAGUCUGUAUCUUCCUUAGUUCAGUUACUUACUUUGGUAUCAGGCCAUUUGUAACUCAUGAUCUAGGUAAAUUAUACUCCAACAGAGUAACAAAAACUGUGUAAAUACAGUUAUACAAGAGAUGUGUUGGCUACCAUCAAGUCAAAAUUCUCUUGACGAAAUACACACGGUCUAUAUAGCUUUCAUCUCUUUGAUUCAGUAGAAUGAUCAUCCCCCCUGAAUCGACAUAAAUGAUUAAAUCUCCUGAAGUUCUAUUUACUCUCGUUUUCCUCAUUGAACAAGAAGAGAAUUUUGCUGCGUGCUUCUGCAAAACCCGCUCUGUAUCCCAAGAAAAUAAGGCCUAGUCCAGCUCUAUUCGCAAGCCUUUUACAACCUUCUUUGGGCCAUAUUAAUUUCUUAUAGUUUGGAGUUUGAUCCGCCUCAACAUACGGCGCUUUGUCAUAAAUGAUUGGAUCAUACAGUUCUA